AACCCAACCGAGUCGCACAUCGCCGGUCGGCUUCUUUAAUCCCUUUUCGAGGUGGACUGGCGGGUUUUCUCUCGUAGAAACUUGGAUCGCUCGUGAAGAUCCCCGCCGCCCGAAAGCUCUGCAGGAAAGCCCAGUCAGGAACUAUCCGGGAAGAGAACGAGCUCGAUGAGGAUCUCCGCUGCGCUUUUCAUCUAUCUCAUCUUAUUCUCUUCAACGAGGUUUCAAGCUAAUGGAGCAUCCGAUCCCGCGCUGGAGGAGCCCAAAGCGAAGAACAAGUUCCGAGAACGAGAAGCCAGCGAUGACAUGCUCGGCCAUUCCAAUCUUGACGAGGAUUCUUUGUUGAACACCAAGUGCCCACGGCAUGUGGAAUUGCGAUGGCAAACUGAAGUUAGCUCGAGCAUUUACGCCACGCCCCUCAUUGCGGAUAUCAAUAGUGAUGGCAAACUUGAAGUGGUGGUUCCAUCUUUUGUUCAUUACUUGGAAGUGCUGGAGGGAACUGAUGGAGAUAAAAUGGCAGGUUGGCCUGCUUUUCAUCAAUCGACAGUUCACUCCAGUCCCCUCUUAUAUGACAUAGACAAAGAUGGUACUAGAGAGAUAGCCUUGGCUACCUACAAUGGUGUGAUUAACUUUUUCAGGGUGUCUGGAUAUUUGAUGACAGAGAAAUUAGAGGUACCUCGGAGAAAAGUUCGUAAAGAUUGGUAUGUUGGCUUGCAUCCAGACCCUGUGGAUCGUUCUCAUCCAGAUGUUGAUGAUGCUUCUCUUGCCAAGGAGUCUUCUGAUAAGAACUCAAUGUCUGAUAUCAGUGAGAAUAUGUCUGGGUCAAAUACAUCUACAACCACAACUGGAAGCCUGCAUUCAUCAGGGAAUUUGUCUCAGCAAGGGGAUCAAGGUACACAUGACCCAACUCAAUCUGGUCAAGAGAAUAGAUUGCCUGCUAAUCAGGAUACUGGAACUGCCACAAAUGAGUCUCUAGGAAGUUUAACAGUGAAUUCUGCAAGCUCCCAAAGGAGGCUUCUUGAAGAUGUUGAUUCUAAAGGUGCUCAAGAGGGAGAUUCUGAUUCUCGUAAUAAUAUUGAUGAUGUGGAUCAUGCUGCAACUGUGGAGAAUAAUGAGGCUUUGGAAGAUGACGCGGAUUCCUCUUUUGAUAUAUUCAGAGAUGCAGAAGAUCUUCCUGAUGAAUAUAGCUAUGACUAUGAUGAUUAUGUUGAUGAAUCAAUGUGGGGUGAUGAAGAUUGGAUUGAAGAAAAGCAUGAGAAAUUGGAAAAUUAUGUUAACGUGGAUGCUCACAUUCUUUGCACUCCAGUAAUUGCAGAUAUCGACAGUGAUGGUGUACAGGAGAUGGUUGUUGCUGUGUCUUACUUCUUUGAUCGCGAGUACUAUGAGAAUCAAGAGCAUUUAGCGGAGUUGGGUGGUAUUGACAUCGAGAAGUAUGUGGCAAGUGGAAUUGUUGUUUUCAAUCUUGACACCAAGCAAGUGAAAUGGACUGCUGAUCUAGAUUUGAGUAUUGAUAAUGGAAGUUUCCGUGCCUAUAUAUACUCCUCUCCCACAGUUGUUGACUUGGAUGGUGAUGGAAACAUGGACAUUCUUGUUGGAACUUCCUUUGGAUUGUUUUAUGUUUUAGAUCAUCAUGGUAAAGUGAGAAAUAAAUUUCCCCUUGAGAUGGCUGAGAUUCAGGGACCAGUAGUGGCAGCAGAUAUUAAUGAUGAUGGUAAAAUUGAAAUUGUGACUGCUGAUACCCAUGGAAACGUUGCUGCGUGGACUACGGAAGGAGAUGAAAUUUGGGAAAAGCAUCUUAAGAGCCUCAUUCCACAGGGGCCAACCAUUGGAGAUGUGGACGGUGAUGGGCAUACUGAUAUUGUAGUCCCUACUAUCUCAGGAAACAUAUAUGUUCUAAGAGGAAGAGAUGGUUCUUUAGUCCAUCCAUUCCCAUACAAAACACAAGGAAGGGUGAUGAAUCAGGUUUUAUUGGUUGAUUUAAGCCAACGCGGUCAAAAGAUGAAGGGGCUGACACUUGUUACAACAUCGUUUGAUGGCUAUUUGUACUUAAUUGAUGGUUCCACAGCUUGUGCAGACGUUGUUGACAUUGGCGAAACUUCUUACUCAAUGGUCUUGGCUGACAAUGUUGAUGGUGGAGAUGAUCUUGAUCUUAUUGUUACUACCAUGAAUGGAAAUGUGUUCUGCUUUUCCACCCCCUCACCUCACCACCCUCUGAAGGAGUGGAGAUCACCAAACCAGGGAAGGAACAAUGCUGCUUUUCGAUUCAACCGUGAAGGCAUUUAUGUCUCACAUGCUUCGAGGGCUUUCCGUGAUGAAGAAGGGAAACAUUUUUGGGUGGAGAUAGAGAUUGUUGACAAGUACAGGUUUCCCUCGGGGUUUCAAGGGCCUUACAAUGUUACGACCACUUUAUUAGUUCCUGGAAAUUACCAAGGUGAGAGGCGCAUAGCGGUUAACCAGGUGUACGAUCAACCUGGAAAGCAGCGGAUUAAGCUUCCGACUGUGCCUGUUAGAACAACAGGGACUGUCUUGGUGGAGAUGGUUGACAAAAAUGGCCUUUAUUUCACUGAUGAAUUCUCUAUUACAUUUCAUAUGCAUUACUAUAAGCUACUGAAGUGGCUGCUGGUCCUGCCAAUGCUUGGAAUGUUUGGCAUCCUUGUCAUACUCCGACCACAAGAAGGUGCACCUUUGCCAUCGUUUUCUCGCAACACUGAUUAAUUAUCCGACACCAUGUUUAUUUAACCAUGCAAUCUCAAGAAUCUUUCAAGGUGGUCACUGGCGCAUUAUUAAUCAUUUUGAUGAACUCGAGUUUCCAAGACCUCUUUGUGGAAAGUCUUGACUGCUAAAUCAAUGUAGGUCGAGGAAUAUGUAUUUUACAAGGCAGAAUAUUUGCAAUCCAAGGCGGAUUCUCUUGUAUAUUUGCCUGAUGUUGAAGUAGAUAUAGUGCUUAGCAGUUUACUUGGCUAAAUGAUCCAUCUUAAAUGAAUUGCUUAUUUAUA